UAUCAUAGAACACUGCUCAAUGUUGUCAGCUGUUGCCGUUUCGAAUAUCGCUGUGGCGCUGUCAAAUGAGUAUCAAGUUAGUUGUGGAAAUUUCGGCGUGACAGAUUUAAAUUUUCGCUUCCGUUACUGCAAAUGCGAGCCUUUUCGUCACAGAAAAGGAAGAACCAUGGAACAGCCAAAUCAAACAAGAACGGGUCGAGAUAUCGCCAUUUCAUGGCCAGAAAUAAUCCGGUGGGCUAAGAAACAGAGUUCAACUGCAUGUCUGCGCAUGGCACAAAAAAUAGAAAGAAUUGCUACUCAUUACCAUAUUGCUGAGGCAUUAGAUGAUCUCGUGGCAUGUGCAGCACAAAAUCCGCUUAUAGCACUUUUCAUUAUUGCUGUAAUAGCAUCAUGUGGACUACCAGUUUUGAUAUUCUUGUUGUUUGUAAUUAUCUCGUUCCUUAUUACAUUCACGGGAUUUGUUUUCAUUGAAGGAACAAUUCUUGCAAUAGGAUCAGCACUACUCUGCGCAUUCAUAUUCAGUGCACUGACUACACUGGCAGUUACAGCUUCAGUAAUUGCUUUAAUGUAUUUGGGAUUAAAUGAAGCAUAUGAUUAUCUUCAGACAAAUCUCUCCAACAUUCAGCAUUCUGAAGCCAACAUUCAGGAUGCUCGAGUGACAUCAAAUGAGGAGAGGAACUGAAUAUAAAAAUUAAUUUUGUAUUUGGCACCAAUUUAACUUGUUAACCAUGCAAGAAUAGCCAGAGCAAAAUGCAGAACAGAAAGGGAGAGAUAUUGCCUAUGAAGUUUUUUACAAUGUAUGUUUAAACAUUUCUUCUGCUAGUGUCUGACAUUUUUACUUUGUAUUUAGGAUAAGUGAGGAUUCUGUAAUUCUUGCAAGAAAAUGGUUCCUUUAGAACUUAAAUAAUUCCUCAGGUGUCCAACAAGCCAUCGGUUUCUUCUUUUAUAACUGAAACAGCAUUGAAGAGACUCUGUUUUGUGCGAACUGAAGAUCAGAAUAUUAUGUGAAUAUUCAGAU